AUGUUACCACCAAUACGCCGCAUCGGCGGAAAGACCGCAAGCGUCCCCGGGACUUCACCAGGAAGAGGCGGCGCCGUCGCCAACACAGCAAAGGUUGGUUUGGGAACUGCGACUCCCACUGAUGCUGAAGAAGGAGGAGAAGAGAAGGUACCCGGGCCCGCAACCUUGUCACCAGCUCCUUAUGAGGCCACGAGAGCGGAGCGUCUCACCCACUGGCUUCGCAAGGAGGGUUUUCCCCCCUCCUACACGGAGAUUAGUCCGGCAGAGGAGAGCAUCUUCAAAGCUACUAGGAGGUUCCAAUCUCACUUUCAUGAGUAUUUUCCUAAGCGUGCGCCGCAGCUUCUUGCCCCGUUGAAUGAGUGUCGCACCCGAAAGAUGAUAUGCACCUUCAUUCGGCCCACCAUUUUUCCCUUUGAUGAAUUGUUUGAUGUGGGUUCGUGUGCGAGGUUCCUUGCGGGGUAUAUGCGGUAUGAGAUACUUGAAGACACGGAAAGGCUUCCUGAAGUGGUGGUUUCCCCAGCCACGACGCUACAGUGGCAGAUUGGCAAUUGCUUCGAGUUGAGCAUACUUCUCACUUCGUUGCUUGUGGGAGUGGGGUACAACGCCUACGUGGUGGUGGGCUACGCUGAACGCGCCGUGUGCGAGAAUGACAGUUCACAACGGGAAUGGACAGAUGAAUAUGGGGAGCUUUCGACUAGCGGAAAGAGCAAAAGCAAGCGCAGGACCAGCAACAAAGACAGUACGUAUUGCAGCAACGUGGUUGGCACCACCGGUGGAAGGGAGGAAAAUGCCAAUACAAAGGCUCCCGUGACGGAUGACUACUGCUGUUAUGUGGACUCUGAUGCCGAUGAUGAUGGCAGCGACAUGGUUGAUGCGGAGUAUGCAGCACUUGUAAAGGACCGCCUGGUGCUCCGCCCUGCUGAUGAGAUUGAUAUGUACUCCCAGUACCACCAUCAGCAGGACGACGACAAAGACACGAGAAGUAACACAUCCUUUGCGGGAUCAAGGGUUCAGGGGGCCAGCGAGAGCUACGCGAACAGCGUUAGCCUCUGUAGCCCCUUGGCUAAUAAUGUGGUGGGUGCUACGAGCCCCCUUUGUGGUCCUAACACCAGCUUCAAUGCUUUCAACAACCCGGCAAGGUGUGGAAAUGCUGAUGCCGCAUCUGUAAUAGGGGGGGAUGACGCCGUUAAGGGACCUGCAAAAGGCGAGUCAGUCAACUUCCCACCUGUUCGACGGCUUCACAGUUGGGUACUUGUUCUCCCUGGUGGGCGCAAGAGCGUACGUGAGCCCGUAUUCGUCGAACCUUCCCGGGGCGACCUCAUCGCGCCGGGUGACGCCGAUAGCUUUUACACGGGUGUUGAGGGUGUUUUCAAUGGUGACAACUAUUUCGUCAACCUCACCCCCGACGCCGCUGUCAGUUCACUGGUGCCUGAUCUUCAGGAUGCAUCUCAAUGGGAAGCGGUUCUCUUUGAACUGGACGUUGAGGACGAGCGCAACAUUUCGCAUAAUUUCGUUGGCACUCCCCUCAGUACACUUGGGGGCCAAGUGCACUUGGGGGCCACUCCUGGAAGCGGAGGCGGCGUUUUAAGCGCUAGCCCAUCAGCAGUAUAUGGAAGCCGAGGGUUGGGUAACUCGGCAGGCAUGAGGCGGCGCUACAAUGAUGAGGGAUCUCCAGCACAGCAUCCCGGUAGCACAUUUAGCGGGGGAUUUUCCACUUUGGCAGGAGGACUGACGCAUCUCAUGCAAACUACGCGAGACCGUGCGGUCCACUUUUGUUGUGCUUCGUGGGUGGAAGAAUUAACAUUGAACCGGGCCCAGUAUGAAAGUCGUUAUCCAGGUGGUAUGAAAUUCACUCGCUAUGUCAAUGCAGAUGUGUUUCGCUACGCCGCGUAUCUAAUGCCUGACCAUCGUGUGCUUGAGGUCUAUUUGCCGGAUACGCAAUAUCCCAGUCAGGCACAAAUACAUCUGCUUUUUGAGCAUCGUGCGGAUAAACUGCGCCGCCGGUCGGUGUACCCCACGGCAUCCGCAUUCAUGAGGCGGACGAACAGUGUGAGUGACUUUAGGAGUGGUGCUGCCGCUGCGUCUGGAGGUGAAGGUUUAGUUGCACUUCCGGCAGCGGAGGGAGAGGGAAAAGAACCGUACGACACGGAUUACGAUUACUCGAGCGGGGCUCAGCAAAGGGCGGGUUUGAGGAGAAAUAUAGUGACGAGCGCAUUAGACGACGAAUUUCGGGAGACGAAUGUGGGUAAGCGUCGGAGUUUUGUGCGGCACCGGAGCUUUAGCAGUGGUGCCUUUAUGAGGGAACGGACCGUGUCGAAUUCCAAUAGCCAGCUCAUCCCGUUGGUUGAUGUUGUGGUACAAAGUGGUAACUUCCGCCUGAUGCAAGAGUGGUUCGAACGUGGCAGAAUGUUGCAGACUUCAGUAGGGGGGCUGCGGUUACUUACGUACGAGCCAGGUGUGCAGCGAACUAUGACCUUUUACUGGGAUGCCCGUAACGAUGGCUUGUGGCGGAGACAGGAGUUUUUCUACGAGAGUCGCGCCCUUCGCAAGGUGAAGGAGUUUUACAGAGGGCGCGAUGACCGGUUAUGGUACCGAAGUGCCACCUUCGAUAAUGUGGCUGCACUCAACAUGGGAUACAACUUGUCCCACACCAAUUCGCAACAAGUUGGAAGUUCCCCCUCUACUAAGGGGAGCGUGCGGGGUGCGGAUGACACGCAACGUGCGGAACCCAUCCGAAUGAGUGAGAAGUAUCAUCGCAAUGAGACCAUCCCCCCUGACGACGAUGUGGCCAAAUACGUCUUUGUGCGCCCUGCUGCGGUAGCCGCUGCACGUGCCGCUACAGGCACAAUGCAUCCACAGCUUGUCGCGUCGGCUGCAUUGUCACCGGUGUGCGCAGGUCCGUCUACUGGCAGUGUGGGGUCGCUGUCUGAGGGUGGUGAAAUGUGGGUUUAUUUCCAUUACCGGCCGGGGAGUAUCAUCCGUCCCUAUCGCAUGUACCCCAAAACUGACCCUGGUGAGGAAUGCCUUCUCAGCGCCGUGGCGGGGCCGAAAGGGAGCAUUUCAGGUACGUUGCCAUCUAUCAUCGUUAUGAUGCCAAACGCGACACCCCCAUCGGAUAUGGAACAGUGUAAUGAGCGCAACCGACUGCGGUGGUGGGUCACGAUGUGUCAAGGGCGUGUACGGGCCUCGUUGGCGGAAUGCAAUGCCAUUGUGGAGUCCACACGUGAGCCAUCGGGUCCGGUUGCAGGUCCUGACGAAGCGGAAGCUGCUAAGCGGUCAUCGGUCGAACUGGGAGGCCUCGCUGGUGCUCAACUGACACCCGUCGCCGAGCAGAAAUCGCAGGCGCAGAAUCAAGAGUAUUUGCUGCCCGGACUUUGUCCCUCAAAGCGUGUCGCUCUGGCAAACGAAAAACAGCGCCGCGUUCCCGCUGUUGUGUCCGUCUUUGACACGCUUCGCAACCGUCCUCGUGAGACUGAAGCGGAGCGUAGACGCCGACUUGCUGAAGAGGCUCUGCGUGAGGAGGCACGCUGCGAUUACCUUGCGCCAUACAUCGCGAAGCUUGACCUCCCCACCACAUUCAGUGGUGACUACAUGAAUGUUGCCCUCACCAUGGACCAAGCCCGCCGAGUACGAGAUGAGGCCCUACGUGAGUUGAAGGAGCGCCUUAUCCAUCGCGGUCGUAUUAUACAAAAACAGAUGGAUGAGGAAAGGGAGGAGCUCACUCGUCGUCAGGCCAACUAUCAGAGCAACGUUGAUGCGGCUGUGGCGGGUGUGGAGUCCACCGUGAAGGCUUCAGGGGUGGAGACGUGCAGCAUCCAGGGAGUACUUGGAGCUGCAGAGCAGAAGGACAUGUCAGAUUCUGUGGCCCUUGCUGCUACAGGUGGCGGUGCAUUAGGGGAGGCAGUUACAGGGAUACCAAGCGUCAUGGGUGCAUCCUGCACAAUCACUGCGAAUGCCCUUGCAAGCACAAGUGCUGCAGUUGCUGUAACCACCAGUGGUGAAGUUGCACGGGAUGCGAAGGAGUUUGCCCAAUACUGCAAGGAGGCCACAUGGCGCAUGAAAACACUAGACGAGCUACUCGUGAAGCAUAUUGAUCGUGCAAGCGAGAGGUACGCCAAGUUAGCGCAGAAGCUCGCGGACGAUCCAAGGCUUUCGGCGUUGUACAAGAACAACCCAACUCCGCAGACCGACAAGUAUUCAGUUCAGCUAUAG